AUGGUUUCUGCAAGAACCCUUGGCGUCGCCCUGGUGGCAGCCACAACCGUUUCCGCCCACGGCUUCGUCAAAGCCAUCAUCGCCGACGGCGUCGAGUAUGGCGGCUACCUCGUCAACCAAUAUCCAUACAAGAAGAACCCUCCCAUCGUCGUCGCCUGGUCUGAACAGGAGAAGGAGCUCGGUUUCAUCGCCCCCGACAAGUAUACCUCCCCCGACAUCAUCUGCCACCUCGAUGCCGAGAACGCCGGAGGCCACGCCACCGUCAAGGCGGGAGCCGAGAUCUUCCUCGAGUGGGACCGCUGGCCAAAGGCCCAUUUCGGUCCCAUCCUGGACUACCUGGCCGCCUGCGGCGACGCCAACUGUGAGGACGUCAACAAGGAAGACCUCAAGUUCUUCAAGAUCGACGAGGCUGGCCUCGAGGACGGUACCACUGAGUGGUACACCAAGACCCUCCUCAAAAACAUGGGUUGGUUGAUCAAGAUCCCUGAGAACCUCAAGCCCGGCAACUAUGUCCUGCGCCGUGAGCUCAUUGCCCUCCACUCGGCCCAGAACAAGAACGGUGCCCAGAACUAUCCCCAGUGUUUCAACCUCAAGGUCGAGGGUUCUGGCACCGAGCUUCCCGAGGGUGUUUCCGCCACUGAGCUCUACAAGCCCGACGACGCAGGAAUUCUCGUCAGCAUUUAUGGUAGUAAAUUCAAGAGCUACUCCAUCCCUGGACCGGAAGUCGUCUCCAUUGGUGGUUCGGUUGAGCAAUCCGUCCCAGCUGCUACUAGCACUGCAUCGGCCACUGUCCCUGGGAAUGCUGCUGCUACCGCUGCCCCCAAGAGAGGUAGCAAGACUCUCCGUUAUGCUGAGCGCCGCGGUUAG